CCAAACAUAAGACUAGUUGUAUCGUUCAGUCCAAUCCGCCUGAUGACCAGUCUCAUAUACCACAGAGUGACUGCCGUAACCCAGACAUCCACGUGCCCCUUUUUAACAUGAUCAGAUUUGAAGAACUUUCGUUCCGUAAACGCCGUGGUACUUUGAAAGCCAUAGAAAAAGCAGCUAUCUUGUCAUUAAGGCUGUCUGUGUUCGAUCACGAAGCGAUUAGAGCAAUAUAUAGACGUUCUUCGAUGUCUACACCAUUGAUAUUUACAUUGAGCCAUUCUUCCGUCUUUGCACAGCUUCCAAUCCACUCAUUACUAUGUUUCCAUAAUAGGAUUCUCAAGAAUGAAGUCACAAGGACUGCAGUGGUCGAGCUGUCCCUUGUAUCUGAAGUCCACGUAUUUGUCAACGCGCUUGCCUUCGACAUGGCCAUCCGCGCAAUGCUUGACAAAGUCUUUCAAUUCUAG